AUGAAUAGAUUUAAAUCUUAAUCUAAAUUACCACCCAAGUUGAGAACACAACCUAUUGAUCCUCGGGUAUCAUAUUAUGAAAUCAAAUUACAAGAACUGAGUUCAGAACCUUCUCAAAAAUACAAAAUGCAAUAAAGUAUAUCGCUCACUCAUGAAGGUUUUGUUCGUCAACGGAAAACCAUUAGUGAUUAUAAUAAACUCCCCACUCCAUUACCUAAAAUCUAGAAUACUCGAAAAUAUAAUGAAGAAUAUAGAAAUAUAUUUAGUUAAAGGAAUCUAACCAGACUAGUUGGUGGACUACAAUAAUUGUUGUGA